CAAGAAGGGAAGAAAAACACAAAUGAGAAUAAAUAGGCUGAACUUCCAGUAGCCAACAGUUCUUGCAACAAAUCCUCAACAUUUACAGCUAAGAUAGAGGAUUUUGCUGUCAGUCUUUCUGCUUACCAUGGCACUGAAUCAGAGGCUGACUCUGCUCCUGCUUUUGGGACUUACUGUCACUUCAGCGGCCACUUCUUCGUGCUUUUUUAGUGAGGAUGGGGCUCGUCGUUGUGUGUGCAACAGUAUGGAUAUCCUUAACCCAGACAAUUUGAUGUGUCUUGAAGUUUUGGAGCUGGAGCUGAGAGAUGGCACACUGGAGGUAUCUGAGAUGCCGGUCUCAGAACUAGCUCUUGUUUUUCAGCUGAUCCAGAUAAAUAAACUCAUUUUCAACAAUGUCACCAUCUCCGUUUCGUUCAUCAGUGCAGUGAUCCCAUUUCUGCCAACGCAUUUAAACGAAAUUCACAUCAUUUCUUCCACUCUGGAAGUUGUCCAGCCUUUACAGCCUCCAGUGUUACUGGAAGCAUCUAGAAUCAAAACCCUCUACCUGGAAGACACAACAGUGGACCCCUCUCUCCUACAGCCCUCCUUCCAGGCUCUUCACCGCUGGUUGUUUGGUUCCCUGAAAUCUCUUGGCCUUGUUCGUUCUGGACUAGUUGAGACUGACUGCAUCUGGGCUCAAAGAGUAGAAAACCUGACUCAUCUAGAUCUGUCAGAGAACCCCAUAUCUUACACUAGCCUACAGAAUAUCUCUCAUUGCGCCUCUCUUUCAUUCAAGUACCUGAAAUCCCUUCAUCUGAGGCACAGCAACCUCACCUCCCUCCAGUCUCUCUGCACGCUCCUGAGUCUCACCCCCACCCUCACGCAACUUGAUGUCAGCAGGAACAAUUUCUCCAUCCUCCACUUCCCACAGUGUUUCCAGGUGAAGCCGCUCAGGAUGCUCAAUCUCUCCCACUCAGGAAUCACAGAGGUUAACUCGUUAACCUCUGCAUCUCUGGAAGAACUUGAUCUAAGUUAUAAUUCUCUGGAGGUAUUCCAUGACCCACCACAGACCCUGAAGAAGCUGUUUUUGUCUAAUAACCGCCUCAUACGUCUCCCUUCUCUGGAUAACCUAUCUCAUCUUCAGGUGCUAAAGGUGGACAAUAACCGGCUUACCGUCUUGAUAACAGAGAUGGAUGUCAAUUUGAGCACACUGGAACAGCUUGAUACUCUCCAUGCAGGGAGGAACCCAUAUCAGUGUGACUGUGCCCUAAAAGAGACCAUCACCUUCCUGGAGAGCACAGAGAGUGUAUCUGUGGAGGACUACCCUGAAGACUUUCUGUGUGCUACACCACUGGCCCAGCAAGGGACUCAGAUAAUGAAUUUUUUUCCUGAACCAUGUGUGAAGCUGACCAGCGGAACCCAACAUCAUGGCUCUCCUCUCUGGUUGACGCUCUUUGUAGGUUUAUCGUCAUGUCUGAUUUAUUUUUGUUGAUCUUUCCAGCAGACCGGAUUCUUGUUUGGGAACCACUUUCUAAUCUACCCUUUAUAAAGGGUUUAACUAAUGGAUUUAUUUAGUUAAUGAAUUAGUUACUAAACCUUAUAUCAGUUAUCAGAUAUUGUUAAUAACAACUUUUUGCCAGGUUGUGAAAAAUCCCUUUGACUGAAUGGAUUGCAUUCCGCAUUACUUUUCCAGAGGGGUGCAGACGAUCUGAACCAAAAUCAAUUUGUUGACAAUAAAUUGGACAUUUAUUAAUGGAUUACCAACAUGUAUAACUGCACUAAAUUAAAUAGAAAUGAUAAACAAGAUUACAAGGUAGAUUUAUUUAUCAUUUUACAGCACAGGGUUAACUAGACUAAGCUGUACUUCCCUUUUAUGGUACAAGUCUCACAGCCUGAAGGAAUAGGCUGCUCUGAUGUCCGGUGAUAUGGAAGCAGGCAAAAGGAUUUUCACAACCUGGCAUCUCAAAUGUGCUUUUAUAACUGAUCCAUAAAGCCUUAUAAAUGAUCAAACCAGUAACUGUUAAUUGAUAUUAAUUUUAUUAACCAAUAAUAAAGUCAUUAGUUACAACUUACAACCCCCUUUUAAUGGAUGCCUUAUUAGAACCUGGUUCCUUUGUGGGUAAUAAAAUGUAAAAUAGAGGACAAAUCAGUUCCAAAAAACACUGUCACAGUUUUUAUCUCACCAUUGAUUAAUAUUGCAGAAUCUUUGUAUAUCUACAUGAUUUAAAGUGAAUGAUCAAAUUAAACUUACUUUUCACUAUACUAUACUUGUAAUAUGAUAUCACUCUGAUCUCUUUGUUAUAUAAUCCAAAAGAAUACAAUAAAAAUGUGUAAUCGACAACCUGACCUCUCUGUCCCUC